AACUCCAAAACUCACAACAAAUUGGAACAGCGAGGCGCAAGUGUCGUUCUAGCCCCACCUUGUGGUAGUUUCUCUUCAUGUCAUCAUCUUUCCACUUCAACUCUGUAUGCGUCCACUUUGCUCUGUGCCUUGCUCCACCGUUGACGCUCCAGUUCGUGAUCAUUGAGAGAACAGGAAAGAAAGUGCUCCUCUUCACAGGAUAUAUGGCCAUGACUCUUACGCUCAUCCUCCUCACCAUCACGCUCUAUCUGCAGCAUCACAUCCCCUGGACAUCGUACUGCAGCAUGGUCCUCAUUUUCAUUUUCCUCUUCAGUUUUUCCAUUGGGCCAGGCGGAGUGGUAGCUCCUCUUCCAGGUGUUAUUUUCACUCAGGCGUUCAAAGCGAGCGCAUACACCGUCGCCUGCACCAUCAACUGGAUUGGAAUGUUCAUCGUGGGGAUGGUCUUCCCCAUCUUAGUGGAGAACCUCGAUUCCUUCAGCUUUGUCAUAUUCCUGUUGGUGUGCUUGAUGUCCGGACUGUACGUGUACUUCAACGUGCCGGAGACGAAGAAUAAAACCGCUCUGGAGAUCGCCGUCGACUUUGACCAGAUGCACAGCAAGUCUGGAAGGUGGAAAGGGAAAAAGAGGGAUAAGCAGCCACCCGACGUCCGUACAACUUACCAGACCAAAUUUUAGCUUGAACUGGUGAAGAUCGCAAAAAAUCUCAAAGACAAUGUUGAAACAAGGGAGAUUAAAAUACGGUAUUCUUUCUUACAUGAGUUUGUUUUUUUCAUCUCGUGAUGAGAAUGACAUCAUAACAUGUGACAGAGUUUUUUUG